AUGUCUAUCACGUAUGUUUUCAUUUUUAAUGACCUGUCCGCCCUCUUUUUCUCUUUUCACGGUCACAUUAUUUUCCCUCGCAAUUUUUUUUGUUUUUUUGUUAAUAACCUUCUGUCUUUACCCGUUUCGUCCUCUCUUUUUCCUUCCUUCCUUUAUGUCUCAACUUUCUCUUUACAUUUUCUUUCCUCGUCACUUUCUUGUUCUUAUCCCAAAUCUUCCCCAACACUGGAUCCUUGGACACCUUUAACAAGCCCCGGGACUGGGAGAAAACUCCGUAAUCGACGGAUGAGACAUCGUACACUAACUGAUACUCGAGUGAUCCUCUACGACUGGACAGUCCUCAAAAAAGAGAGGGAUGACCCCAAAGAUGCUAUUCUCUACAGUUAUCCAGAAACAAUGAAUGAUACAGAGUUAUGUAACUUGGUUGGUCAGCUGAUGGGAAUGGUUGACCUCUUCAGCAAACAUCUCAGCUCUCCCCCCAAAUUUAUUUACCUUAAGUUUGGGAUGUAUGUCUUCAAGCAUGUUGAUAAAUACUGUUUGGUCUUGGGUAGCACUAAUCACCAGAAUGGCUCUGCAUUGUUACAACAGUUGGAAUUAUUGUAUCAAGUCUUCUAUCUUCUGCAAGGUAAUAUCAAGAAUGUAAAGACGUCCAUUGAGCACAGCACUACUGUAGAAUUCCUGAAUAGUCUCAAAACCAUCUUUGACAGCUACCUCCCUCUCUGCUUUCACUAUAAUAGCGUUCUGGAACAUUCUUUGGAGACGGUGCCUUCCUUUUCAAUUCCAAAAAAUGAAUCACAAAUCUUCAUGGAAGUGGUCACAUUGCUUGAGACAUGUCAAAGACGUCCAGGUGUAUUAGGAGGAUGUGUUCUCUUUAAGAAUAAGAUGGUUUUCUCACAACUUCCUCAGACCUUGACUAAAGUUUUGACUGCCAUUUAUGCUGAUCUACUAAAUCUUCAAUGUGAAACUGUUGACAUAGGUUCCAUUCCUGAAGGAAUUAGGCUGACCAAAGUCUAUCUUUCUUAUGAUGAAUACAAUGAUCUUUAUGACACGCUUCACAUACCAAAUACUCAACACUAUAGCCAUUCAAAUUUUAGCAGGUCAAAUUCUGAAGCAAGUAGCAAGCAGUUAUCUAAAAAGCAGCAAGCAUCUGGGGAAAGCAAGGAAAGUGAUGAACUAAAUUCUGGGACAAAGUCAGAAAGUGAAACAGAAAGUGAACUCUCGUUAAAAGGAAUAGAAAAAUGUGAGUCAAAACAGAAAUCUGCUGAGAUGACAUUAGCGGAGAGAACAAAAGCUAGGGCAGCAUAUUUCACUCUCAUAUCAGAAGCAACUACAACUGAGGAUUUUAACCAGGUUGUUGCCUCUACCACAGAUUUUAAAUUUUUACGUACUGCCAGUAUCUGUUUGGAUGUGGGUGAGACAUGGCCAGUAGUUUGUGUGCCAGGCGCCAACCAAGAUGAUACCCCAGAUACCAGUGAGAAGGAUUCUCCAACACAUGAAGGCAUGUUCAGCAAACAACAUCUCUCUUCAUCUUCUUGCAACAGUGAAGAGCUGAAGAGCGAGAAAAUGGUCAUUGACUUCAAGAAUAAACCUGAGAAUCAGAUCAAAGAGGCAAGCACUGACAGUGAAAGCUCCCAAGACUUGGAGAAAACAGAAGCUAGUCCCAGUAAAAAAACAGUUGUGGAAACUUCUCCUUUGACUGAUGAACAGCAGCUGUACAAAACGAUGAUGAAUGAUUUAUCUAAGAGAAGUCGUAGGAAUAGCAUCAAACCACCUUUCAAUCCAAACCCAAGUUUGCCUGAAUGUUCAACAAAUGUUGAAGAACAAAACAGUCUGAUUCUUUAUGUUCAAACCAAUUCAGAAAGUUCAACAAUAUUACUAAUGGAACCCUGGGCUUGCAAGAUGGAAGCCAUUCAUACCUUGUGGAAAUUCAUUCUUCCCAAACUUGGAAUACUUGAUUAUCAUUUUAAGAAAAUUGAUCAAAAUCCGAGAUUAGAUUGCGCUCGGAAAUGUGUCAUGAAGAGUGUUGUGUUAGAUAAUCUACAAAAACAACUCACAGGUUAUGAACGGCAGAAACAUCCACUGGUAGAUGCUGAGCUUGAAAAAAUGUUACUGGAUACACAUGAAACCUUCAAAUGCUACCCAACAGCCAUGGAUAUUACUCUGGGGAGCCAUUGUGCAUGCAGUUAUGGUCACAGGAAUCCAGGAAUGGAGGUGUUUUAUCAGAAGUCUUUUGAACAUAGCUUGGCAUUUUCCCCACAAGCAAGCAACAUGGUAAUAAUUAUGGAGACUUUGGCACGGAACCAUCUCAAAGAUGACAAAGACCUUGUUUUGGUCUGA